CUUGAGGCUAGUUGAUGCUCGGGCCGGUUGGAGGGAGGGAGGCGAAUAAAACUCGCUUGAGGACCUGUUCUCAUCACAUAUCCGUUAAACGUGCGGUGGAGAACAUCACAUCAGAACCUAAGAAUAAUAAUAACAAAAGAAAAAAAGAUCAAAGAAAUAAAGACGCGAUAUUGAAACAGAGUUACCGGAGUCUCUUCGCAUCUUCGUCUUUGUUCCCUCGGCUCGUGCUCGCGCGCGCGCGCGCAGCGUCCACUCUCCUGCACUGUCCUCCGAGAGGACACUUUUUUUCUUAUCAAUGUCACGCAUCCGGUCAGCGUAACCUCCUCCUCCUCCUUCUCCUCCUCCAUCCCGACACGUUGCGUGCACGCCGGGGGGUCUCAGCUCUCCCUCUCUCAGCUCUCCCUCUCUCCCUCUCUCUCUCUGCGGCGCAGGAUUGCUUUCAAGGGAAAAGGAAAGAAGACAUGGGGACGCGGUGCUCGCCGUGGAUUCUGAGUCGCACCCCGCAUGCACAGCCCGCGUGCAUCGCAGUUUGAGUACGGUUGCUGUCCUAUUGUCAUUAUUUUUUUGCGUUUUCUUUUUUUUUCUUUCUUUCUUUCUUCCCGCGACCGGGAUGGUGGUGGUGGUGUCAGUGCUCUGAGUGACGGGACCCGCAGAGACGGACCGGACAGCGCGCAAACGCACGCACGCACACACACACACACACGCACACAGAAAAACAGAGAAAGAGACGGGUCGAAUAAGCAGGGAUUAUGGCGCUCGCCGCGCUCGCGCUCUUUCUGCUCGCGCUCACCUGUGCGAACUUUUACCUGGCGCGCGCGAGCCGGCACGCGGUGCACUGGAACAGCUCCAACAUCCAUCUUCGAAGGGAGGGCUACACGCUGAAGGUGAACGUGAACGAUUACCUGGACAUCUACUGUCCUCACUACAACGUGAGCCAGCGCGGCGUGGCCGAGCAGUACGUGCUCUACAUGGUGAGCUACCGCGGCUACCGCACGUGCGACCCUCAGCUCGGCUUCAAGCGCUGGGAGUGUAACCGGCCGCACGCGCCGCACGCGCCCAUCAAGUUCUCGGAGAAGUUUCAGCGCUACAGCGCCUUCUCGCUCGGCUAUGAGUUUCACGUGGGCCACGAGUAUUACUACAUCUCCACUCCCACUCAUCACCAUGGCCGCAGCUGCCUGAGACUGAGAGUGUACGUCUGCUGCUCAACAGCAGCUGAUGCAGAUGAUGAAGCGCAGCCUACAGAGGCAGACUACACUCUCAGACCUAACAUGAAAAUUGAUGACCUCGACGAUUACGACAACCCUGAGGUCCCGAAGCUGGAGAAGAGCAUCAGCGGCAGCAGUCCGUCCAGGGACCGUCUCCUGCUCACGGUGGCCACGCUCUUCCUCGUCGCACUCUCCAUCUCCUAGCACUCGUCUCCAGGAUCUCGUCAUGCCACUGAGGCCUAGAGGACUGCAGGGGCAGGGUAUGAGAGAGGGAGAUGAGGAAAAAGAAGAAGAAGAAGAAGGAAGGAACAAAAGGACAAACGUUUUAAAACAGGAGAGGAAAUUGACAGCGUAAAAAAGGAGGACUAGCAGGCCUUCUUCUGUUCAACAGUGGAACAUGAACCUGGACUUUGCCAAUCAGCUCGAGCUGUACCGUCAGACAGUAUAUGAGUGUGUGUGUGUGUGUGUGUGUGUGUGCGCGCUGAAUGAGUGUUCACACAUGCUGUUUGCAAGUCAUUCAAGCAAAAUCCUUCAAUCAGUCUAAUUGGGUGCUUUAUUAAGUAAUGAAUGGCCGCUCAGCGCUGAAGUUGAACUGAUGCGCGUUCAUCUGCAAGGCAUUAGUGGCAGAAACAAUGGUUAAUUUAAUGUAAAGCUGCGCAGACUUUAAGCAGCUUCACUACUAAAUCAAUUCCCUCUCUCUCAGCAGGAUCAUCACGUUUCCAAACCCAUGAGAAACAGGGCUGCUCAGUGCCCUCCUUCUGCUGGCGGAUAAACAGGUAGCAAUCGCCAGGCAGGAUCAUAAUUUCUAUUUGUGUUUUCUGGACGGAUUCUGUUUAGUUGACGGAAACCGUAGCGACAGAAACUUUAUAACUGCUAUUGAACCGAUAUACUUAGAAUGCUGAAAAAUGUCUGAAUAUUCCUGUUUAGAAUAUCAAUUUAUUCAUUUCCUGAAAGAAAGUGAACUUUAGGAGCCAUACAUUUUCUUACAAAGAGAAAACUACAUCACAUGGCAAUCAGCAUGUGUGUGUGAGUGUAUGUGUGUGUUUCGAGCUGAAUUCGGUGCCUGUAGAAACAGUAGCGUAGGCUGGUGAUACUGAAAUGCUCUGCUUUUCUCAACUGGACUGCAUUUUUUUUGUUGUUUUUUUCUAUACUGAGUUUCAUUUUUCUUUACCUUUAACUUGAGGACACACGUGGAAACGUAAUGUACAUAAACACAAACACAUGACAGAUCUUUGGAUUUUUUUUCCUUCUUCUUCUGUUAACCGGUUCUCACAGGAGCAGGAGAGCCCUGGAGCUGAAACACCGAACCGGUUCAGACUGGUUUCGAUUUACACCGCUUGCUGCCCGGCUUCAUCGGAUCCUGAACGGCUGCCACUAUAAACUGACCCACAAUGGUUGUCUUUUCAACACUCAGCUCACAGCCAGCUCGUUAAAGAAAAAAAAAGAGCAUUAUUAACCAAGAUGGAGGACUUAACAACCACAUGGUUUAGCUAGCGUACAUGCAAAUAAGUGCUCCGUGAUCUGAGGGGAUUUUCUUUCCUCAGAGCGACACUCUUCUUAUGACUUGUUCUUUCUCUUUUUACAUCUCGACUAGCAACUUACUGGCCCUGGGGAUUAAACCCCAGGUCCAGCUCAACAAGCGCAACUCCAGCUCAACAGAACAGGCUUGCAGUCGUGGAUUUUUCGCCUACGGAAUCAUGAGAAUUCCUAAGAUUUAGAUUUAGGAGGUUUAAGUUUAACGCGCUAAACAAAACCUAACGCGUAACUCGCGAGGAGGAAAGAUUUUUGAUCUAGCAUCGAAGCCAAAUGAAGUUUUCGAUUAGCUUUUAGAUUAGCGGGAACUCAUCUAUGUCCACUCUGUUCAUUCUGCUAAUGUGGUUACCAUGGUAACACGCUGUCGUAGAUCAAAGAGUAGAACGCUAAUGACUCGAACGCUGAGUGUGACGUGGGACUCACGUCAUUUUUACUGACUUUGUUUCGACUUGUAUGUUGAUUUUACUCGUUGUGUAUUUUAAGGCUAAUGUGUUCGGGCUCGGGUUUGUUCGGGGGAACGCGCGUGUGUGUGUGUUCUGUUCGGGGGUCGUUACUUUUGUUAAGAAGAGCUGAUCGGGCAAAGGAUGAAAAACGUAUCAACUGUUGCACUUCAAAACUUAGACACGAGUUUGUGCGUGAGUGUGUGUGUGUGUGUGUGUGUCCGUGUUUGAGUGGCUGUUUAAAUGGUCACAUAGAUGAAAGACAUUGUGUUUCUUUAUACUGACCAGUGUGCGUGUGGGUAUGUGUGCAAAUGUGUGUGUGUGUGUGUGUGUCUACCGCUUGAUUGUACGUUUUAACCGCGCAUGUGUGCAGGAGAGUCUGGGUCGUUUAGAAGAAACAACAAAAAGCAUUUAUUAGUGUUGGAAACAACCAUUUAAACUCAUGUUUACCUUCGACUGGAAUGAAUUUAAAGAACUUGAAAACAAAUAAAGUGUAACAGACCGUAACACAAGGUUAUAAUAAUAAUGAUAAUAAUAAUAAUCAUGAUAACAAAACAAACCGCCUCAGACUGCUGUUUCUUCUACCUUGUGAACUGUUUGAUGGAUUUCUGCACAAAACUCACUCAACAUCUGGGAUGUUAACUGAAGGUCAAUGAAAAAAAAAUAAAACGAAGGGAUGGGGGGGCACAUAUUAAUGCACACAGU